ACAGCCAACACCAUGAGGUGAUGCAUUAUCGUGUGAAGAGAGGUUGGGUAUGGAACCAGUUCUUUGUGUUAGAGGAAUACACUGGAUCAGAGCCACUAUAUGUCGGAAAGCUUCAUUCCGACAUGGACAAAGGAGAAGGCUCUGUCAGGUACAUCCUGUCAGGUGAUGGAGCGGGUACUGUUUUCACCAUUGACGACAACACAGGUGACAUUCAUGCUGUACAGAGGCUAGAUCGUGAGGAGAAGACGCAUUACACCUUACGGGCACAGGCGUUAGACAGGUGGACUGGGAGGCCAAUGGAACCAGAGUCUGAAUUCAUCAUCAAGAUUCAGGAUAUCAAUGACAAUGAGCCAAAGUUUCUUGAUGGACCCUACGUGGCCAGUGUUCCUGAAAUGUCUCCAAUGGGUACGUCUGUGAUACAGCUCACAGCUAGUGAUGCUGAUGACCCCACAUAUGGAAACAGCGCUCGAGUGGUGUAUAGCAUCCUGCAGGGACAGCCAUACUUCUCCGUGGAAGCAAGAACAGGUAUCAUCAGGACAGCAUUGUCAAACAUGGACCGCGAGGUAAAGGAUGGAUACCAAGUGGUUGUACAAGCAAAGGACAUGGGUGGGCAGAUGGGAGGAUUAUCAGGGACAACAACUGUGAACAUCACACUCACAGACGUCAAUGACAAUCCUCCGAGAUUCCCUCACAGAUUAUAUCAGAUGACAGUGCUGGAAACUGGAUUGGUUGGCUCAGCAGUGGGAAGAAUUCUUGCUGAAGAUGCAGAUGAGGGGAUCAAUGCUGAACUGAGCUACCGGAUCAUCGACGGAGAUAGGAUGAACACAUUUGACAUUGUCACUGAUAAUAGCAACCAAGUUGGGAUUAUCAUCCUCAAGGAGCCUUUAGAUUUUGAAACGAAAGACAGCUACACAUUAACUGUGGAAGGAACUAAUACACACCUGGACCUGCGGUUUCUAAACUUUGGUCCAUUCCGUGAUACGACCAGGGUGGUUGUAUCAGUUGAAGAUGUGGAUGAGCCACCACAGUUUGAGAUAAGCUUCUACCAGGUGGAGGUUUAUGAAGAUGUCGCUGUCGGUACGACCAUCCAAACUGUUUCGGCAAAAGACCCAGAUGCGGCCAAUAAUUCCAUCAGAUAUUCAAUUGACCGAUCCACUGAUCCCACAAGAUUCUUCUUCAUUGACAUAGCAUCCGGAGCUUUAAUGAUUGCAAAGCCAUUGGACCGAGAGCAAUUCUCAUGGCAUAACAUCACAGUCCUGGCGAUGGAAAUGAAUAAGAACCCCACACAGAUUGGGAGUGUUUCUGUCACAGUGAAAGUCCUCGAUAUUAAUGACAACGCACCCGAGUUUGUGAAGGAUCGUGAGGCCUAUAUCUGUGAAAAUGCCAAACCUGGUCAGCUCAUUCAGAUGGUCAGUGCAGUGGACCUGGAUAAUCCUCAAGGAGGUCAUCACUUCUACUACAGCUUAGCUCCUGAAGCAGCAAGCAACCCAAACUUCACUGUGCGUGACAAUCAAGACAAUACUGCCUGGAUUCUGACCAGAAGAGCUGGGUUCAAACACCAGGAGCAGGGAACCUAUUACCUGCCCAUUCUCAUCGCUGACUCUGGUCUUCCAAUGCAAAGCAGCACCAGCACUCUGACGAUCAGAGUGUGUGGCUGUGAUCCCGAUGGGAAUGUUCGAUCCUGUAGUGUCGAGGCCUACAGUCUUCCCAUCAGCCUGAGCAGAGGAGCACUUAUCGCCAUUCUCGGAUGUAUCUUCAUCAUGCUGGUGUUGGUGUUAUUUAUUCUAACAUUGAGAAGGCACAAGAAGAAUUCCCUGAUUGUCGACGAUGAAGAGAAUGUCCAUGAAAAUAUUGUUCGAUACGAUGACGAAGGUGGUGGGGAAGAGGACACUGAGGCCUUUGACAUUGCUGCCUUGUGGAAUCCAAGAGAAGUUCAGAUCUCGAAGUCUAGGAGGGAUAUGCUUCCCGAAGUCCAGAGUGUCUCCAGAUACAUAUCGCAGUCCAGAGCGGGGAGCAGCAACGUGAACAGCUACAUCCUGGCAAAGUUGCACGAUGCCAACACGGACCCGAGUGCCCCUCCUUUCGAUUCCUUGCAGACUUACGCAUUUGAGGGGAAUGGUUCGGUGGCAGAAUCGCUGAGCUCCUUCGAGUCGGGCUCGACAGACUCAGACCUCAAUUAUGAUUAUCUCACCGACUGGGGCCCCCGGUUCAAGAAGCUGGCCGAUCUGUAUGGGGGCUCGCAGGGCGUUGAAGACUACUUGUAGCCAGCAACUGGGAGCUUCUUCGACUGCGACUAAUCGCGUCAACAUGAAACUCUCUCCAUAUUGGUCUAAAGGGCCUUUAAUCAGGUCAAAGCACCUUUUAGACCUUUUACCAGCUUUAAUCACACCAUGAAAGACAAUAGCUGUGACUAGAUGGUCUCGUGGGAGAAACAAUGGAAAAAUAAUCUGAUUUACUCAAGUCUUUAUUCGCCUGUCAAAGAGAAGAGCAGAAAAUAAGACAUUAAUGUGGCUCAGUCUCUGAGAAUGAAAAGGGUCCGAGCCUGCCUGUGUAACACUGAACACUAAUCAAACACUGAGCAAUGACAUCACACAGCCUCCAGCUCUCAGGCGGAUACAGUCUUCAAUCGGAAUGGGAUUGACCUACAUUUGGAAUUUGCUUUUUCCUUUUUAGAACUCACUGUAAAUACGUGCAGAGGCGCAGAGCUUAUUAAUCAGGCAACUGCUUCAGUCACACAGUUAGCAGGCUCAUUUCCAGUCUGCGAUGUCACACAGCUGCCCUGUUGUAAGACUUUUGAGCUGCCUCUUUCCUCUCUGUAUAUAAAGGAAUCACACAGACUGAUGGUGGGGAUGAGCAGCUAACCAAUACCCCUCCAAUAGGCUGUAACCACUGCCCCCCCUCUCUGCACCCCACCCUCAUCAAGGCC